AGCGAGAGCACGCGGCGACUCAAGUCAAGCAUGUAACUUAUGGGAAGGUUGUAGAAAGCGCUGAGUGGUUCUAGCUAUUACUGUAGAAGGGUGGAGCAGUUCGGGGCCCUCUUUGCCCCGGCGUGGGCUGGCAGGGUGCAUUGUGUUGAAGGCGGAGCGCGCGCUGUCUUUGUGGUUGUGGUCUGUUCGUGUCUCUUUUGCAGGCCGCGGGCCCUUCUGUUCGUGUGCACGCAGGGGAGGCUUCACGCGCAGCGAAAAAGCCUCGCGCGCGUUUUGUGCGUGGAUUUGUGGCAGCUUAUUAGGGUGGCUGGGCCUUCGGGUGUUUGCCUUUUUUCGCCUUUUUCAAGGUGCUGGCGCAAAUCACUCACUUCGUGCGAAUGUUUGGGAAAUCAAUUUCGCGCAAAAAUGUCCAAAAAUUUGGCAAAAAUUUGGAAAAAAUUAGGCAAACGGGGGAAGCCGGUGGCCGCCUUUUUCUCGCGUCGCGCCGUCGUGUCGUGGUGUUAAAAUUAGGCAGCGAAAAAACCGCAAUCUGGCGAAUUUUUUUCGCCUAAUUUUUGAGACUUUCAAGAAAGGAAUUUCGCGCGCACGAGAUAAGCUUUUCGCGCCCAAAAAAGUCGGGGGAUUUUCUGUGCAAUUUUUGCACAUUUUCCGCCUGAAAUUCUUGCGGUUUUCUGCCGUUUUUGAAGGACUGCAAAAAAGGGGCCACUUGAAAGCGAAAUCGCCCCAAUAUUCUGCCGCAAAUUCCUGCCAAGAAAAUGCGCGGCGCUUUCACUUCGUGCGCACGAAAGGGAGAUUUCGCGCCCUUCAAGAAAGGCAGGAAACUGCAAUAAUUUAAGGCGGGAAAUGUUUAGAAAAGUGCUGAAGAAGUGCCGCGGCUCCUUUGGGCUCGACGCUUUCACUUCGUGCGCACGAAAGGAAGGUUUCGCGCCCUUCAAGAAGGGAGAAAACCGCAACAAUUUCAGGCGGUUUAGAAAAGUGCCAAAGAAGUCCCGCGGCUUCCCUGGGCUGGAGGCUCUCACUUCGUGCGCGCGAAAGGGAGGUUUCCUGCCCUCCAUGAACGGGAGAAAACCGCAACAAUUUCAGGGGGUAAAUCUUUAGAAAAGUGCGAAAGGAGUCCCGCGGCUCUCUUGGGCUGGAGGCUUUCACUUCGUGCGCACGAAAAGGAGAUUUCGCGCCCUUCAAGAACGGGAGAAAACCGCAACAAUUUCAGGGGGGAAAUGUUUAGAAAAGUGCCAAAGAAGUCCCGCGGCUCCUUUGGGCUCGAUGCUUUCACUUUGUGCACACGAAAGGGAGGUUUCGCGUCCUUCAAGAACGGGAGAAAACCGCAACGAUUUCAGGCGGGAAACGUUUAGAAAAGUGCCAAAGAAGUCCCGCGGCUUCUUUGCGCUGGAGACUUUCACUUCGUGCGCACGAAAGGGAGAUUUCGCGCCCUUUAAGAAGGGCAGGGGACUGCAAUAGCCUCAGGCGGGAAAUGUUUAGAAAAGUGCCAAAGAAGUCCCGCGGCUCCUUUGGGCUGGAGACUUUCACUUCGUGCGCAUGAGAGGGAGACUUCGCGCCCUUCAAGAAGGGCAGGGAACUGCAACAAUUUCAGGCGGGAAAUGUUUAGAAAAGUGCCAAAGAAGUCCCGCGGCUUCUUUGGGCUGGAGACUUUCACUUCGUGCGCAUGAAAGGGAGAUUUCGCGCCCUUCAAGAAGGGCAGGAGGCUGCAACAAUUUCAGGCGGGAAAUGUUUAGAAAAGUGCCAGAGCUGAAGGACCUCUUUAGCACUUUUCUAAGCAUUUCCCGUCGCAAGCUGUGCCGCUUUCUGCUUGUCUUCGAGGGCGCGGGGCCCUCUUUUCGUGCGCACGAAGCGAAAGCCUCGAGCCCACAGGAGCCGCGGGACUCCUUUGGCAGUUCUUUCUUAAGCGCUUCCGCUGCGGUUUCCUGCAGCUCUUGAAGGGCGCGGGGGUUUCCUUGCGUGCGCACGAAGUGAAAGCCUCGGGCCCAAAGGGGCCGCGGGACUUCUUUCGCGCGUGAAGUCGCUGCGGUUUUCUCUUGGUCUUGGAGGACGCGAGUCCCCCCCUGUGUGUGCAUGAAGGGAAGGCUGCGCGCCUUUCAAGAACGGCAGAAGUCGCGCGGCUUCCUUGGGUUCGAAACUUUCCGGGCGUUCUCGGUGCGUGCGCUGGGCUCGAAGUGGCCUCCGAGGCCCUCGGGUUUGGUCUUUCUGUGGCUUGCUUUGCUUUAUUUCGUGCACACGGAAGGGAGGCUCCGCGCCCUUCAUCAAGAACUGGGGGCAGCUGCUCCGUGGGAAGUCAAUGCGUAGAAAACUGCGAGAGAAGUCCUGCGGUUUCUGUGGGCUCGACGCUUUCACUUCGUGCGCAUGAAAGGAAGGCUUCGCGCCUUUCAAGAACGGCAGAAAGCUGUAGAAAUUUAUGGCGGGAGAUGUUUACAAGACUGCGGAAGACGUCUCGCAGCUUCUAUGGGUUCCACGCUUUCGCUUUGUGUGCAUCAGCGGAAGACCCCGAGCCCAAGGAAACUGCGAGACACCUUCGCAGGCUUUUCAGACGUCAUUUCUCGCCUGGCAUUCUCGUGGCUUUCUGCUGUUUUUGAAGGGCGUGGGGCUUUCCAUUCGUGUGCACGGGGUGAAAACGUUGAGCGGCUCAGCGCCUUCGUCUUGUGUGCGCGAAGGUCUGAGCUGCUCAGGGCCCAAAAAUGCCGCGGGGCUUUUUCUUCUCUAUUCUCUCACUCCCUCGUCUCAUUUUUGUGGGCUGGUUUACCUCGGUGCCUGGGUCAUAUCGUUCUGCGUGAGUAGUUGCUGAUGUUGAACCGAGAGAAACGUGGGCGCCAGUCUGACGCUUGCUACUUAUCGCAGGUGGAUUCUUGCAUCGCGUCGAUACGCUUAUCAAAGGAUCUGUGGGCGCAGGUGAACGUUGACGAACUCGAGGAGAAGAACCUUCAGCCUGAGCACUUUCUCCUGAGUACGUGCCUCCUCGAUAGCCAGAAGGUCGUGGUCUCAUACUUUGCCCUUCAAUCGUCAAGGAAGCACGCGGUUCACGUGCAGCUGCUUAACCUCUUGGACGUCCUCUGCUCCCAGCAGGGCCAGGAGCUUGCUGAGGUGGGUGUCCGCUUUCACAACGGCAAGGCUAACACCAAACACCGCUACGAGAUUC